AUGGCUCUUCCGCCGCAACACGCUUCGCAGAAGCCCGCCGAGCCAGCUCAUCCGGAUCCCGAGAAGACGGACCCGGACGCCUGCUCUUCUUCUGCCGCCACGGCCGCCAGUCCGUCCGCAGACGACAAGGAUGCCUUUCCGGACGGCGGGGCCCGCGCCUGGCUCGUCGCCGCUGGGGCCGCGGGCGCCUUCUUCUGCACCCUGGGCUACACCAACGCCUUCGGCAUUUUCCAGGCCUACUAUACCUUUGAGCAGCUUCCAAACGAGGGCGCCGACCGUAUAGCCUGGAUCGGCUCCGUCCAAGCGUUCCUCAUGUUUGCCACGGGCGCCGUGGGCGGGCCGCUGUUUGAUCGUUACGGUGCAUGGGUGGUACGCCCCGCCGCCGUCCUGUAUGUAUUCGCCAUCAUGAUGACGAGCAUCUGCACGCGGUACUGGCACUUCAUGCUCGCCCAGGGGAUCCUCACCGGGCUCGCCAACGGGCUCGUCAUGUUCCCUGCGCUCGCCGCCGUGCCCCAGUGGUUCGACAAGCGCCGCGGCGCCGCCAUGGGCAUCGCCGUCGCAGGUUCCUCCAUCGGCGCCGUCGUCUUCCCGAUCAUGCUCUCCAACCUGCUCACCCGCACUGGCCUGGGAUUCGGCUGGUCCGUCCGAAUCGUCGGCUUCGUCAUGGUUCCCGGCUUGGCCCUGUCCGCUCUCGCCAUCCGCUCGCGUUUUCCCCCUCGGCGCACCCGCUUCUUUCUCUGGCACGCCUUCCGGGAUCCCAUGUACGACCUUCUCGUUGCGUCCUUCUUCUUCGCCAUGAUCGGCAUGUUCGUCCCCCUUUUUCUCAUCCCCACAUACGCCAUCACGCGCGGCAUGGGAGACACCCUGGCAAGCUACCUCGUGGCCAUUAUCAAUGGCGCGUCAGUCUUUGGGCGCGUCAUACCGGGUGUCGUGGGCGACAAGCUCGGCCGGAUCAACAUUCUGGCAACAGCUGCCGCUACCACGGCAAUUCUUGUCUUCUGCUGGCCCUAUGCCCAGUCUAAUGCGGCCAUAAUCGCCUUCUCCGCCCUCUUUGGCUUCUUCUCCGGCGCCAUAAUAUCGGGAGGCUCCGUCGCCGUGACCAUGUGUGUCGACCGCCCUGAGAAUGUCGGCACUUACAUGGGUGUCGGGAUGGCGCUCGCCUCCUUUUCUGCCCUGGUGGGGCCUCCGGUCAGCGGAAGCAUGGUCGAAAGAUACCAUGGCUUUCAUGAGCUCUCUUAUUUCAGUGGUACAAUGACACUCUUUGGCGCCCUGCUGGCCGUUCUGGCGAAGCUCAAGUCUCCGAUCGGCCUGCUUGGAAAGACAUGA